AGAGAAGAGAAGAGAAAGGCCCGCGGGAAGGCAAAACAGAAGGAAACAUCAAGAAACAAAAAUGGCAGUCUCCAUAUCUACAUUUCAACCCUAUAAAGUCCUCUUCAUUUCUCACCUUCACGAACGCUCCUCUCUUCUCCUGCCCUCCUCCAUUUCACUCCCAAACCCUACCACUACCUUCUUUCCCCUGCUACGCGCCACCAGCUCUCACGCUGCCCCGCUCAAUGAAACCUCCUCCAAUUCAUCUUCUUCUUCAGCUAACAAGAAGAAGAAGAAGAAGAGAAGGACCAAAACCGACGAGGAGGAGGAUUCCGCUGCUGCUUCAGGCAAUUAUAACAAUAAUAUUGUUCAGGAUGUUGAGAUUAUUAAGAGUGAAGUUGGUUUUGUAGAUGAUGGUAAUUAUAAAACUAAGCGAGAUUCGUAUUCGAAAUCUUCCAAUUCGAAUUCGUCCCAUCCAACUAUGCCACUGCCUAAGCCACCUGCUGGGUUUGUGAUAGAUGCCAGUGGUAGGGUUCUCAUGGCUUCCAAUAAGCGGGUUGCUACUAUUGUUGAUUCGUCGAAUAACUAUCCAUUAGAGUGCAUCAUAAGGAGAGUGUUCAGAAGUUCACAAGGGGAUGACUGUAUGCUUCUGUGCCCAGUAGACACGCCUGUUCAGAUUUUAAAGAGUACAAAUGUUGAUGGGUGGUCAGCUGUUAGUGAUGAAGAAGUUGAAACUAUUCUUCCUGCUGCUGCUUAUGCUCUGGCCAAGAUACACAUGCACCUAGUACAUAGCGGGUUUUGCUACACAGCAAGGGGAGGAUUUUGUUACUCAGACGAUGAUAUAUUUGAUUUCCGCACAGAUGAUGGUCAAGAUGUAGAAGGCUUGCCAACUGAAGGUGUAGAAAUCACAUGCUUCCAUAUGGAUGGGGCUCAUUACAUGAUUUACACACCUUCUGACCCAUAUCUGUUUGUGGCGGUCAAGGAUCAAAAUGGGCAACUGCAAAUUGCUGAUGAUGAUCUUUUGGAGGACGCUGCUGUCAUAAGCGCCAUCGACGAGGAGACUGAAUUUAAUGCCCUCGUGGAGGAAGAAGCCGCUCUUCUAGAAUCGUUGAUGGGUGAAAGAUAACAAGCUUGAGUUGGAUCUUCCGAAUCUUUUUCUCGGAAUUGGCUUAUACAACAGCUGGUUCUCUUUUUUUUUUCUGUUUUUUUUUUACCUGUAUAUAAUUAACUUGCUAGUUAAAUCAUUAGGAACUGGGUUUUGUAUUAAUCUUCACCAACUCUUGUUUAAUAUACUUUCAUUUCCUUA